AUGCCCCCCUUCACAACCACCCUCUCCUUCCUCAUCCUCAUCCUCGCAAUCGUUUACAGCCUCUCCAUCGCCCUCGAAUCCAACCUCCAAAACUUCUACAUCUUCGCCCCAGACCAGCUGCACAAAAUCUCCCUGUCAGCCCUCGAGACGCACGGAAACAACACUGCCGCCGUGGUUUCCGACAUCGUCUCGCAAUUACGUUCGCAAGAUUCCCUCCGCCCGUACCUCUCCACGUCCGAAGAGUGGAUGUUUAAUAACGCGGGAGGGGCGAUGGGCGCCAUGUAUAUCAUUCAUGCGAGCAUCACGGAAUACCUCAUCAUCUUCGGAACAGCCAUCGGAACAGAAGGACACACCGGCCGACACACCGCAGAUGAUUACUUCCAUAUUUUAAAAGGCGAACAGUUGGCUUUCGUGCCCGGAGACUUCGAGGCUGAAAGAUAUCCCGUGGGUUCGGUGCAUCAUUUGAAAAGGGGGGAUGUGAAGCAGUAUAAAAUGGAAUCUUCCUGUUUCGCUUUGGAAUAUGCUCGAGGAUGGAUUCCUCCGAUGUUGGGGUUUGGGUAUGCGGAUACUUUUAGUAGUACUUUGGAUUUUCCUACGCUUUGGACGACGACGAGGGUUACCGGGAGGGAGAUGAUUCGGAAUUUGGUGAGGGGGAAGAUUUGA